CAGUCUUGCACUCUCUCAGUGAUUCCGUGAUCACGCUGCGGCAGUAUGGGCGCUCUCGAAGACGAUGUCAAGUUUGACCCGCCCUGCCACCCUCGAGCGUGUGCCAUCCAAGACUGCAUACAGAAGAACAAUUACAAAGAGGAGAAGUGCCAGCAACAGAUUGACGCCUUGUAUGAGUGCUGCAACCUCUUUUACCAGCGCAACGGCGACCAAGCGUCAACAGUGAGCUGUCCGAAAGCGAACCUCCUGCGUCUGAAAAUGAAGCAAAGGGCUGAGGGCGUCAAAUAAGGUUCUGGGUCUUGUUCGGGUUCGCCCUUGGAUGAUGGAGCGUUCCAAUCCGUCUGUGACGCCUACAGGCUUCAAGCUCGCAUCCCGUCGAAGCAAUUUGGGAUGGAGGACAAAGAGAGGCAUGCUACUAUUCAAUCUAAGGGCACCGGAGCACGCAGAGAGGCCGUGAUAGACCUGUACAAACACUGAGGUA